AUGCUGAGCCGUCUAGCCACCAAGGUAGAUCUCUGGAUGGACCCUGUUGCCGUGUUAGGUAGCGAUAUACUGUUGGCUCCCCCCCCCUUUUCGGCCAAUAAGAAAUACUUUGCUAUGGCUGAGAGAACUUGGGGUUCGCAUACCCAUGAUGCCGUUUCUCUCACAGGCAACAGCCACUUGUCUAACAUUGUCUCUCCCUCUUUGGAUGGUGGUGCGUUCUCAAAGUUAUGGACGUUUCUGAAUUUGGGGGUGAACUCCUCAUGGGUGGCAAUUCCUCGUAUUUUAGUCAAGGUUAUCGCUGUAGAUGAGGCAGACUUUCCUUUGAUGUGCCCUUAUCUCUCGGAUGUGCCAUGGUUCAAGCCCAUGUUGUCAUAG